UAUGAUUUGAAUCUAUACCCCAUCUCUCUCCUUCUCUGGCUCUGUUUUAUCUCUAUAUAUAGACCCAUCCUUUCCCUGUUCCACUGCACCAAAAGCAAAAAGGCUGUUAAAGCUCAAGCAAUUUUCUACCCUUUAUUUCUUCCGUUUUGUUUUUUCUCAGAAACCAAACACAGAAGGGAGAAAACCCAGAAAGAAAGAGGAAACAACAGAGAACUUCGAUUGGUUUUGCUCUGGAGAAAGUGAAAGUUUUUGCUGGUUUUGAAAGACAAAAAAGGAGAGAUGGGUGAUAAAGAUGACGGUUUGGGGUUAAGUUUGAGCUUGGGAUGUGCUCAGAAUCAGCCCUCGUUGAAGCUAAAUCUCAUGCCUUUAGCUUCACCUUGCAUGCAAAACCUUCAGCAGAGGAACAUUUGGAAUGAACUGUUUCAGUCUUCUGUUUUUGUGAUUGACCGUAUGCAUGCAGAUGGACAGUUGGAAACAAGAUCAGUUGCUGGUGGAAUUGAUGUGAACCAGGCACCGGCCUUGGCUGAAUGCGAGGAAGAAGAUGGGGUCUCCUCGCCUAACAGCACCGUUUCAAGCAUAGGUGGAAAGAGAAACGAGAGAGACCCUGUGUGCGAUGAAACCGAGGCUGAGAGACCGUCUUGCUCUCGUUCCAGUGACGAUGAAGAUGGCGGGGGUGCUGGUGACGAUGCCUCGAGGAAGAAGCUUAGGCUUUCAAAGGAACAGUCGUUGGUGCUUGAAGAAACCUUCAAGGAACAUAGCACCCUUAAUCCGAAACAAAAGUUGGCACUGGCAAUGCAAUUGAAUCUGAGGCCUAGGCAAGUGGAGGUUUGGUUCCAGAACAGAAGAGCAAGGACAAAAUUGAAGCAGACGGAAGUUGACUGUGAGUAUCUAAAAAGAUGUUGCGACAAUCUAACAGAGGAAAACAGAAGGCUUCAGAAGGAAGUGCAAGAGCUUAGAGCAUUAAAACUCUCCCCACAGCUCUACACCCACAUCAACCCUCCCACAACCCUCACCAUGUGCCCUUCUUGCGAACGUGUGGCUAUUGCUUCUUCUUCGUCUUCAUCCUUGGCUGCUUCCUCUGCCCCUAACUCAAAGCAUCAAAGGCCGGUACCCGCUAGUUCUUGGGCUGCAUUGCCAUUGCCUGUUACUCAUCGACCCUUCAAUGCUCCUGCUUCUAGACCAUAAUUCCAAUGGUUUUGGGAGUAUAUAACUAUCAAAAUAUCAAUUAUCGUGGUUAGGACGGAGUUAACUCUGAUCAGAUUCCUGUUGUUUUCCAGAGCUCUGUUAAAGCGUUUCCCAACAAAGGAUAGCAUAGGAUGAAGGAAAAAUCUACUAAAUUGAAAUCAUAAUAUGAUUUGUUCAUGUCAUCUAAUCUCUUGGAUAGUUUCUAGAAAAGAGAUGCCAUCAACACCAGAUCUCUUGAAUAGUCUCUAGGAAAAAGAAGCAUUACAAUGAUGAAAGCAAUGACUAGCUCUCUGUCAGCUUCUCAUGGAUCACAUAUGGGACGAUCUCCGGUUGGGAAAUCCUCUCUAUACAAGUAUCUGGAAAAUAACGUAACAAUCAUGACCUUGUUAGUCAUUUGCAAUGUCAAAUCCACAAGUACGGAGCAUAUUCGAUUUGGUCAUUCUAGAAAAAAACUAUCAGGUAAUGAUUAGUCAACAGAAGGAGAGGCUAGUUAGUAAUCGUAGUUUCAACAUUUUUUUAUAGCCAGCAAGCCCCAAUGAACAACUAUCCAAUUCACCGUCUGCAAAGCCAAAAUCCAAAAUAGAAAAAAAGUUUGUAUUUCUGUGAUUAUAUAAAAGGAAAUCUGUUUUUGUUUUUUUGUCAAA